ACUCCAUUAAUGUUAUUUUGUGUUUCUACUAGUGUUAUUUAUUAAAAUCGCUUUAUAAUAAGUUCGAAAGAAGUGCAUUAAUACAGUUGGAUCGAAAAAAAAUAAGACGUAACCAAUUAUUUAUAUGUAAGAAAGGCGAAUAAACACUUAUGAUGUUGCGUUUUUUAAGUAGAAGGAAAAGUAAACCUCUGUCUUCUAAAGAUCCCAACGAGAAAGUUUUAUCAAAGCAAAUAAUUGUAUGUCGUGUUUUGCUACUUGAUGGAACUGAUUUAUCAGUGCAAUUAUCCAAAAAAGCUAUUGGGAACGAUUUGUAUGAACAAGUAUUUUAUUCAUUGGACCUCAUAGAAAAAGAUUAUUUUGGUUUGCAAUUUACGGAUGCAUUCAAUAUAUGUCACUGGUUAGAUCCAACAAAAUUAAUAAAAAAACAGAUUAAAAUUGGACCACCUUAUACUCUGCGCCUCAAAGUAAAGUUUUACUCAUCCGAACCAAAUUCUUUAAGAGAAGAAUUAACCAGAUACCAAUUUUUCUUACAAUUGAAACAAGACAUUCUCACUGGACGUUUGGAAUGUUCAGGCAAACAACUAACAGAACUAUGUGCUCUCGCAUUGCAAUCUGAACUGGGUGACUAUGAUGAAUCUGUUCACACAGUGGCAACUGUGUCGGAAUUCCACUUUGUACCUACUCAAACUGAAGAAUUAGAAAUAGACAUUUUUGAAGAAUAUAAAAAAUGUCAAGGAAUCACUCCUGCUCAAGCUGAAUCAAAUUAUUUGAACAAAGUAAAAUGGUUAGAUAUGUAUGGUGUUGAUAUGCAUACAGUUUUGGGAAAAGAUAGUUGCGAAUAUCGUUUAGGUCUUACUCCUACUGGAAUUCUUGUAUUUGAAGAUACACAAAAAAUUGGCCUAUUUUUAUGGCCUAAAAUAAGUAAGCUUGACUUCAAAAGGAAAAAACUUUCAUUGGUUGUUGUUGAAGAUGAUGACCAGGGUAACGAACAGGAACACACCUUCGUUUUUAGAAUGCACAAUGAAAAAGCUUGUAAACAUUUAUGGAAAUGUGCCAUUGAGCAUCAUGCAUUUUUUAGACUACGAGCUCCUCUAAAAGGACCUUCGACAAGGCAAAACUUUUUUAGAAUGGGAUCAAGAUUCAGGUAUUCUGGUAAAACGGAAUUCCAAACAACACAACAUAACAAAGCAAGGAGAACUGUUCAAUUUGAAAGAAGGCCUUCACAAAGAUUUGCCAGGAGACAAUCGCAUGUUUUACGAGAGAAGCAAAAGAAACAAGAAGUUUUGCCAUGUGGUAAAGAUGCUUCACAACUCAUUAUGGUUAACGCUCAACCAACUGAAUGUGAGAAUACAGAAAAUCAGGAAAAAGUGCAAGAAAUAAAAAAUGAUAUGGAGCAAGUCUCAUCAGAAGGCUUAGAUGACGAAGGAAACUUUGACAUAUUACUUAAAAACAUUUCUAAGGAAUCAUCAACUGGUCGAAAUGAGUCAGACAAUAAUUUGAUUGUCAAAAUUGAUGUAAAUGAUGCAAUCUCGAUCAAUAAUGAUGUAAAUAUGCAAAAGCUUGAUUACUUUGAAAAGCCGAACAAUUUGAUUCAAAAAACAAAUAACGCAGUCAAUAUAAAAUUAAAAUGCAAUAUUUAUAAUGCAAUUACGGACGAUCAUGAAGUCGAUCAGGUCAAAAGUACCAACAUUGCGAAUAAAGACCAACAAGUAAAAUUUGACAAUAGUUCAGCAACAAUUAUAACUGUGGGUGGAGAUAAAAUAGUUCUAAACUUAUCAAAUUAUAAUCAAAAUAAUAGUAUUAAUGAUGUAGGAAGUCUUCCAGAACCGUGCCUUAUAGAUACUGUUUCAGAAUUAAAAACGGAUUUACAAAAUAAUCCAUUUAGAGAUGAAGAUAACAGCAUUGAAGUGGAUAUUCAGUCGAACAAUCCAUUUAUAUGUAGUGAAAACAGUGCAAUUGGAAAAAUAGUUGAUAUAUCGAAAAAUUUAACAAGUACCUGUGAAGAUGAAAGUGGCCUUUCUCCUUGGCUUGUUUCUACAAAUAAUCACCAUGUUAAAACUAAAACUGUUAUAACAACUCAAUUGUAAUAUCUGCCUGCAUUUUUUCCUGCAAAUAAAACGUUUUUAAGGAAAUGAGAUUUCUAAUAAAUUAU